AUGCGCGCCGGCAUGCCUCGCUUCAGCUCCAUGACAGCGCGAGCAACGGCCUUCGUCGCGCGCCGUAGCUUCUCCAACUACGUCGUCACCCCGACAGAGCUUCACGAGGCGAUCCGCAAGAACCCGCCCAGCAAGAUCAGCACCGACCCGCGAACGAUCCCCGUCUGCGCCUCGUGGUUCCUCCCCAAUGAUGGCCGCACGGGCAUCCAGACGUACCGGGAGCAACGCAUCCCCAAGGCGCGCUUCUUUGACUUGGACAAGGUCAUUGACAAGCACAGCCCGUACCCGCACAUGCUCCCCGAUGCCAAGACGUUUGCCUUGACCAUGAGCGAGCUCGGCAUCCGCAAGGACGACGUGAUCGUCGUAUACGACACAAAGGAGCUCGGCAUCUUCAGCGCGCCCCGCGCCGCUUGGACGAUGAAGCUGUUUGGCCAUCCACGCGUGCACAUCCUCGACAACUUCAAGCAGUGGGUUGAGCAGGGCCUGCCCACAGAGUCCGGGGAGCUCUACACUGUCGAGUGCAGCCAGUACCAGAUCCCCAAGGAGGACGAGAUUGCCGAUGGCAAGGUUGCGAGCUACGAGGAUGUCCGAGAGAUCGCGUGCGACUAUAACAAGGAAGGCGCAGAAGGUAUCCAGAUUCUCGACGCCAGGUCAGCUGGGCGUUUCGCCGGCACCGCCCCCGAACCCCGCGAGGGCUUGUCCUCGGGGCACAUGCCUGGCGCCAUCAACGUCCCGUUCAACGAGCUGCUCGACCCCGAGACCAAGACGUUCAAGUCGCCCGAGGAACUGAAAAAGUACUUUGCGGCCAAGGGCGUCGACCCUGAGAAGCCUGUGGUCUCAAGCUGUGGCACGGGUGUCAGCGCGUGUGUGGUCGACACGGGCCUGGAGAUUGCGGGCUAUGGCAGCCCCGAGGCGCGCAAGGUGUACGAUGGUAGCUGGACCGAAUGGGCCCAGCGGGUUCGUCCGUCGGACAACCUCAUCGUCAAGGAUCAAUGA